AUGAUUCGCUUCUUCGCAGACAUACAAUUCAGGAGGGAAGAAGAAAGGGAUCAGCAGCUACCCUUCCUCGAUGUACUCAUCAUGCGAAAUUCCGACGGCAAAAUCGAAACAACGGUCUACAGGAAGGCGACCAACACAACACAGCUUCUCAAUUUCCACAGCAACCAUCCGGUGGCUCCCAAAAGAAUCUGCGUAAAAACACUCUUCAAGAGAACCCAGGCACGUGAGGCCCGACAUCUCCGCGCCCAUUUUAUGCGGAAUGGCUAUCUGAAGGCUUUCAUAAGCGGAUGCCUACGUGCUCGCCUCCGAGGACCCAACCAGGACCAACCCGUGCGAUAUGGCAUGCGCUGCCAUACAUCAAGCAUGUAUCGGAAGCGACCGAACGCAUUGCUGCGUGACUAG